AGCAUCUCUCCCCUCCAGUCGCGUCUGAGCGCUUCACCUCUGCGGAGCUGUUCUCCGCCUCCAUCCCUGCCUCCCUCCACCACAGAGAGGAUGAGCCGCUCCGCGUCCGGGUCUCCUCCGCCGUGGAUCUGUCCCUCCUCCCUCUGAUUGCUCUCGGUCUGAUGUUUCUCCUCCGGGUAUCAUUCAGAAGAGGAUGCGUCUACUCGUUUUGGCGACUUUAUUUGGACUCUUUUUGGACACAGGCGAUGCCCUUCAGAUCCAGUGUUACCAGUGUGAGGAGAUGAAGCACAACGACUGCUCCACACCCGAAUACAUUGUCAACUGCACGGUCAACGUACAGGACAUGUGCCAGAAGGAGGUGCUGGUCAAAGCUGAUGGAAUACACUAUCGGAAGUCCUGCGCGUCCUCUGGGGCCUGCCUCAUCGCCUCCUCCGGUUAUCAGCAGUUCUGUACUGGCAGGUUGAACUCAGUGUGCAUCACCUGCUGCAACACGCAGCUCUGCAAUGGCCCCAAGAGGAAGCGCCCCGUUCUCUCGGCUGCGCCUUCCAACAGACACGCCCUGCUCUUCUUGAUGGCGCCGAUGCUUAUUCAUCUGACGUAGACGUUCCUUCUGCAUCCUACAGGCCUUCCUGGGGCUCUAAGCAGCAACUGGUGAGCAGAUUCAGACUCCGCAUCACUGUUGAUCCAAUGGAUGCCGGGACCUCUCUGCAUCAGUUUUUCAGCCGUUCUACAGGACCAUUUCCCUCUGCAGCCACAUCGUUUCUUACUUUCUUUGCUUUUAGUGAAGUCGAGCGUUCUGUAAUCAGUGCCAGUAGAACUUCUGAUCAUUUUGAGGCUUUCCUUUGGUGAUAAUCCGGUUUAAAACAUCUGUGUUUAGCUUAUUUUGUGUUGGUAUUCUAGCUGUUAUCUCUCAGAAGGCAUUUUGAAGCAUAUUUAUCCACUGCCAGAUUUUAUUUCUUGUUUCAUAAUACAGUAGGAAGUAUAAAGGAAUCUCAAUCAUAUAAUAGAAAGGAUUAUUUAAAAUAACAUAAAAUUGCUAUUUAGUGCUAAUUUAAAAUGAGUGAGAAAAAUCCUUUUUUUUAAUCUAAGGAGAAAAUAUGCACUAUUAUUCUGACAUGCAUCCACUUAUUUUCACAAAUGCCUUACAUUUCUGUUUCACUCUACUUUUAAAUCUGUUUAUGCUGACAAAUAAUGGAUUUUUCAAGAGUUGGUGUUUUACCGUGCUUUAUUUUAAGUGGAGCAGGGACUGAGCGCCUGAUGGAUGUUCAUGGCUUUUUCUAAAGUCUUCUGUGAAGAGUAACGCUGUAUUCUGCUGAUAUGUGAUUUCAAUAAAUGUUGCAGAAAAAUCAGCUCUCA